GGCGCGAUCGGUUCGGUUCUAAGUGGUUUGUUCUCGAGCGGUUUUAAACGAGAAGCCUAGCGACGGGUCGUCGCUUGAGUUUUCUUGAAGAAUCUGUUCCACUACUCUAGGAUUCCUUCGCUUUGAAGGGUUUGUUGUUUUCCUUCGCCUCUGCUGCUGCUGCUGGCUCAGGUGCUUGGAUCCUGUUGAAUCGUGGCCUAGAAUCAAGUGGUGUGUUGUGAAGUUUUCGAGCCCAAAAGCGGAUAUUUGAGAGUGCGCGGUGCGUAAAUCAAGCCGGAAUUGACUCUAUAUAAAACACGCAAAGGAAAAUCAGGUGCAAUUUUGAAGCCCCAUAACCAACCAAGAAACUCCUAGUGAUUUCGAAGGGGAAAGUGCCCAAUUAUAAAAUCGAAAAAAUAAAACCGGUAGUGAGUGAGUGAGUGAACGACGAAUAUAGAAACGAAAACAAACGCCCCAAGCUCGGUGAAUCGGGUGCAUCAUCGUCUUCAUCACGCAUCAGCUGAAAUAAGCAACAAACAGCAACAGAAGCACAGAAACAGCAACAAAACAAACAGCUGAGGAGAGAGAAAAUUCACGCGGAUUCAACGGAGUUCGUAGUAAAAAUAAACGUAAAGACCAUGGACGCCGAAUCGGAGGGCAUCCAGCCGGUGAGCCCCAACGGAAACGGACCAGCAGUACUGAUGAUGACAACGGCCCCAGUAACGACUUCGGAAAAAGCAUCGGUCACAGUAACGUGCGCAGUUGAUCACGACGAUACACACCGGGAGCUGGCAGCCCGGAGACGGAUGUUCAUGUCCCAACCAUCGACGGUUGCCAUCCGAAGGCAGCAGGCAGUUUGCGUCCGGAGGGCUCACAAAAUCUACGGAACCAAAAAGAAUCCGAACGUUAUUCUGGAUGGGUUGAACAUGACUGUUCCCAAAGGAUCGAUCUACGGCUUACUCGGAGCAUCAGGAUGCGGCAAAACCACACUUCUUUCCUGUAUAGUUGGACGUCGACGAUUGAACUCCGGAGAAAUUUGGGUUCUAGGUGGCCGACCCGGAUCAUAUGGAUCGGGAGUCCCUGGACCCCGGAUAGGCUACAUGCCUCAAGAGUUGGCGCUAUAUGGAGAAUUUACAAUCAGAGAAACGCUAAUUUAUUUUGGAUGGAUUUGUGGCAUGAACGCCGAUCAAGUCGAUGAGAAGACAGAAUUCCUACUUAAACUGCUACAGCUACCAAAUGCUUCUAGAUUUGUGAAAAACUUAUCCGGAGGACAGCAGCGACGAAUGAGCUUGGCUGCUGCUUUACUUCAUUCGCCAGAGCUUUUGAUCCUUGACGAACCUACGGUGGGUGUCGAUCCCGUUCUUCGACAGAGCAUUUGGGAUCAUCUGGUAGAGAUAGUCAAAAACGGUCAAACUACAGUCAUCAUCACAACGCACUACAUCGAGGAAACUCGACAAGCUCACGUCAUCGGGCUUAUGCGAGGAGGAAAGUUCCUUGCUGAAGAAUCGCCUGCCGAUCUGCUGGCUCAAUACCAGGCUGAAUCUCUGGAAGAUGUGUUCCUUAAGCUCUCGGUUCUACAGAACAUGGGCAAGCGACGGAGGUCUUCCAUCGCUCAGGAAGUGAUCGAGUCUAUAAGAAUUCCUGCCAUUGCCAAUCCGGCGCUGGAUAUGUCCUCGGAAGAUGACCACGGAGAAAUUUCCGGAGAGUUUGGUGAUAACAUAUCAAUGUCUUCCCGGGGUCCUGAUUCGAUAACGCCAGAAAUUCAGGCGCCUCCCUUGCCGCCAGAAGAAGACGUCAAAGCACCCUUAAUCGAGUACUUUAAGAUUUUCAAACCAAAUCAUAUGGGAGCCCUCAUCUGGAAGAACUUCCUGUGGAUGUGGCGUAACGUUGGUGUCAUGGCUUUCAUCAUUGGACUUCCGGUCGCACAGAUUAUCCUCUUCUGCUGGGCCAUCGGACAUGAUCCAACCGGUCUUCGGGUUGCUGUCACGAAUCACGAACUGGAACUGGCCAAUAUGUCUUCGACCCUGGAAUGUCCCGCCUAUACCGGAUGUAACUACACCCUGCUAAGUUGUCGCUAUUUGGCGAAUCUAAGGAAUCGGAGCGUUGAUGUGCAACUAUUCGAAACGGAAGAUAUGGCCAGGGAGCAAGUCAGUCGAGGUAAAGCAUGGGCUUCACUGGUAUUUUCCCAUAACUAUUCGGAAGCUCUGGUGGAACGAUCGGAAAACAUUCGUAACGCUCAGGAGUGGACUUUGGAUGCUGCGAGCAUGGCUGUUACCAUGGAUAUGUCUAACCAACAGAUCGGAACACUUCUCUAUCGAGAUAUUCAGUACGCAUACUUUGCAUUCAUCGAGAGCAUCCUAAGUGAUUGUGAAGUCAACCCAUCAAAUGGAAGGAUUCCGAUCCAGUGGAAACAACCGAUCUACGGAGAGAUUUCACCCAACUUUACUGACUUUGCUGCUCCUGGUGUCAUUUUGACCAUCAUCUUCUUCCUGUCGGUGGCGCUCACUUCUGGUGCUAUGUUGAUCGAGCGUAACGAGGGUAUCCUUGAAAGAUGCCUGGUAUCGGGAAUUACUGGUAUCGAAAUCCUGUUCUCCCAUGUAACUACCCAGUUUCUGGUGAUGUGCUUCCAGACCGCACUUGUGAUCGUGUUCAGUUUCUACGUGUUCGAUAUUACCAACCGGGGCGAGAUCGUGUGGGUGGUGCUGCUCACCAUUAUGACCGGACUUUGCGGGAUGUGUUUCGGUUUCGUGGUGUCCUGCGCCUGCGAUAACGAACGGUCGGCCACCUACAUGGCGAUGGGCAGCUUCCUGCCGAUUGUGAUGCUGUGUGGCAUCAUCUGGCCCAUCGAAGGGAUGCAUCCGGUAGUCAAGAUUUUCUCCGUCUUCCUGCCCCUAACCAAAUCCACCGAAUCCCUUCGCUCCAUGCUGCAGCGUGGCUGGCACAUCGAGAACCCUAAUGUUUACAUCGGCUUUGCCUCCACGACCGUCUGGAUCCUGAUCUUCCUCACCAUCAGUAUAUUGUUGCUCAAGUUUAAGAAGGGCUAGAGGAGCUGACCCAUUCUAGAUUCAUCCCAUAUCGUUUUACAAUUCUUGCUCAAGGGGUAACUGUGGACUUUCAUUGUUACGAAGGCUUUCUUAGGGUAAUUAGAUUGUCUCUGUUUUCUAAGGGAAUGAUCCGAAUUUACUGUACUGUCUUAGAUAGAUUCAAUUGAUUUCUGUUUUCUGAACGGAGAGAACUGAUGAGCGAUAGUUUAAAGAUGAAAAAAAACUUGAAAGAUUUUAUUAUUUGUAAGUCAGGCAUACUGUGUAUAUAAUCCCCCAGUCUCUAAUUUAUGAAUCAUGAACAAUAGUUUUAAAAGAAGUAUACGUUUAAAAGAAAGUGUGACUAGGUUUAACUUCUACCUUUAUUUUUGUGUCUCUUCAAAUUCGUUUGUGAUGGUUUAACUCUAAAGGCAGAUAUAAAAUUAAAAUUGAAAAAAAAAUAAAGCUAUCUACUUUAGUUCGGCAAGUUGCCAAACCAAUUUAGCAGGAACACAUUUACACGCUCCACCGAGCAGCUAAUAAAGUGGUUACAAUUAAUUGAAAA